AUUGAUGAUUUGAGUUUAUUGUUUGUCCAUAUGCAUCAUUUGCUCAAUGAAUUUCGGCCCCAUCAGGCCCGUGAAACCCUUCGCGUUAUGAUGGAAACACAAAAACGUCAACGAGUGGAGACGACAACACGUUUCGAAAAGCACCUGGAACGGGUUUGUGAUAUUGUCAAUACGGCUUUUAGUGACCUGCCCGAAAUCACAGAUGACGAUAUGAGCGAUAGUGAUAUAAAAAUGGAAAUUGAUUCGCAAGAUUCAAGUAAUAACAAUAAAUCGGAUGCGGUCAAUCAACUGGAUCGUAUUAUGUGCAGUGUUAUUGAUAGCAUGGAAUAACCUCAGGUGUGGUUGGGCAUAUGUUCUGACAUUAGUUAUUAGUA